AUACUGUAGCCUUUGCAGCUCCACACACUUCGUGUGUGCCGGCAAGUUGGAGAAUAGGCAACCGCGGAAAAAGUGGUCACGUUUUGAAAUACGACCCCGUCAAGGAAAGGGAAAUGUAUGGCCUCAGUCCGCGACUAUUUGGCAGGAUGGGGUGCUGCUGAUCAGAUAUGAGAUAAAGCAAGAAAUGAAGAUAAAACUUUCCUCAUUUGACUGACUUGGCCUUUUACUUCUUUACAGUGCUAAUAAAGUUGCCGAGUGAAGAACACUGUAAAGGGGGAAAGUGGAAACCUCUUUCAUGUUGAACUCACUGACGUGAACUAGAAGUUUUUCUAUGAUGAAGUUACCUCUAUUUCAGAAGACUUCUUCUAAGAGCGAAAGUAAACCAAGCAGUACUAAAUGCAAACACAAAAUAGCACCACCUGAUUGUGAAAUUCAAGGUUCCAUUGAAAUUCAGUUUGGUAAUUAUCCUUUGUCAACCUACCUCAUUCCCUACUUUCUUUUGUCUUGGCUUCCUUUCUUGCUCAUCCUUUUCCUUGUGCAUAAUGCUCUAUCCGAUCAAAUGGAAAGCCAAAGAUUAGAAGUGGCCAGUUUAAAAAGACAUACAAGAUUUCUAAAUGAAGAGGUGGAUUCUUUGAGAAAUGCUCUCAACUCUUUCAAAGCAGGACUUCCCUUAAGUCAAACUCAGAAGUUUGUUAAUGAAAAUCCUGAGGAAAUAAAGUUAUCAAAUGUUCAAGACUUAGAAACUUAUGUUCAGAGAGAGAAGCGUAGUGUUGAUUCUGAAUUUAAAAGUGGUCUCAAAGAAUCUAGUUCAUCCCAGAGAAAAGUAACAAUCAACAACAACACAGGCAGAAGAGGGAAUCAGUCGCGUAAGAAACUCAAAACUUCUGUUCAAGCACGAUGCAGACGUCAAUGCCUCAGGCGUCUCAAUUUCAGUAACUCCAAGCGUAGUGGUUUUUUAGCCUUACAUCUUAAAGGAGCUCAUCCAGAAAAUGUUGUUGAAGCUGGGCAUGUGGGACCAUGGUUUGUUGAUUCCAAGGCAAUAAAAGAAAGUAAGGUUUCAUCUUCUUUUCAAUUGAGAGAGGACAAUGAAAGUGUCGAAAUUGAAACUGCUGGCUUAUACUUCAUUUAUGCGCAGGUCUAUUACCUUACAUCACAUGCUCUGAAUAGUUACACUAUCAUGGUCCUUCCAAAAGAUUCUGACAAUCCAAUCACUUUGGCGUAUUGCAGUAGUAAUGCAGUGUCUUCGAAUUCCACAUCAGAAGUGAGUUGUUAUACAGCCGUACUAUAUACACUGCAUGUAGGGGAUCGCAUUUAUGUGCAACAACGUGAAAAACACCGCAGGCUGAUUAUGCGUUCUGGGCAUUCAUUCCUUGGUCUCAUUAAGUUCAGUGGAAUUUAGAACAAUGUUUCUUUCAUAAGACCUAAGCACUACAGGUACUGGGCAUGUUUUGUUUCAGUAUUUAAACAGGCUUCUCUAAAAAAAUUACUCUUGGUUACUCUUUGCAGGAAGUAAUUCUAUAUUGAAUGAGAUAGAUGUUGGAAUGGAUUUUAUUUUAUAUUAUUCUAAGAGACCAAUUAUUUUUGUGGCCUGACCAGAUAAAAGUUGUUCCUGGAGCCACUGAAAUGCAGUUGGUUCUUGUAAUGUUAGUGUUAGCAUUGUUUUGUUACCCUGUUCUUAGUUAGUGUAGUGCCUUAGUUUGUAUUCACCUCAACAGUUAAGGAUUUUGUUUUAAAAAAAGAGAGAGAGAGAGAUGCUUUGGUUUAGGGCUUGAGAGCUAUCUCCAUUCUGGUUAAUAAUGCUGGAUAGUCAAUGUGAAUGUGGUUUUUAUCCACCUGUUUUAUCAAAUAGAACUGUGUUUGGAGAAAAGUAUAUUUCUGACUGGUCAUUGAAAGGAAAUUACGAAAACUUCUGUACCUGAUUAAUUUUGUUUAUUUCAGUAUUAAAAAAAUUACAUACAAAA